AUGCACAUGGGCAGGAACUUGUUGGUGAAGAACUGCAGAUUCCAACUGUCCAAGCAGCUCUUCUCUUUUGUGGAGGCUGGGAAGGACUCCCUAGUCCCUUCAGGCCUUCUCCAGUACCAGGCCACACCCAACAAUGAGAAACCCCUACCUGAGCUUGAGUAUGGGGAGUCCUUUCAUAGUGGAAAGUGUCAUUACAGCUGUGAAUGUGGAAAAGAUGUUACCUGCAAACACAAAUUUGUUCACCAGAGUGUCUCUACUGGAAAGGAGCAUUGUGAGAUUAGCAAAUGUGAGAAACCCAUCAAGUGCAAUUACAGACUUGUACAGGAGCACAGAAUUCAAACUGGAAAAAGGCCGCAUGAGUGCAGUCACUGUGGAAAAUUCUUUACCCAUAAUUCCAACCUUGUAAAACACCAGAAAGUCCACACAGGAGAAAGGCCUUAUGUGUGUAGUGAAUGUGGGAGAUAUUUUCGCUUAAACUGCCAACUUACUAAACACAAGAAAAUUCACACUGGACAAAGGCCUUUUGAGUGUAGUGAAUGUGGGAAACGUUUUCGCCAAAACUGCCAACUUAGUGAACACAAGAAAAUUCACACUGGAGAGAGGCCUUAUGAAUGUAGUGAAUGUGGGAAAUCCUUUAGCACAAAUGGCAGCCUUACAAAACAUAGGAGAGUUCACACUGGAGUUAGGCCUUACGGGUGUGGUGAAUGUGGGAAAUUCUUUCGUGAAAGGUAUACUCUUAUUCAGCACCAGAGAAGUCACACAGGAUUGCAUCCUUAUGAGUGUGGAGAAUGUGGGAAAUCAUUGCGUGAUCCCUCCAGCCUCAUUCAGCAUCAAAGAAGAAUUCAUACUGGAGAAAGGCCUUAUGAGUGCACUGAAUGUGGGAAGUCUUUUAGCCAAAGGUAUACCCUUUUUCAACAUCAGAGAACUCACACGAGCAAGUCCUUAUGA